CUCUCUCUCUCUCUCUCUCUUCACUUCCUUUGGGCUCGACUCGCAUCCUCCGCCGGAGAUAAUAGAGAUCCAGAAAAGGAUAAGGCUUCAGGAGAAUCCCAAUUUAGUUUUCUCUCAGUCAAACCAUGUUUGGAUAAGAGUGAUAGAAUUCUUCUGAUAUAUUAACCACCCACAGUUCAAGAACAACUAAUUCCAUGGUUUUCUAGAUCUCUCUCUCUCUCUCUCUCUCUCUCUAUCUCUCUAUCUCUCCAUGCACCAUCCCUUCUUUUUAGUCCAACAAGAGAAGAAGCGUCAAAGGAUCAUAGAUGCUCACAGGAACUACCGUGACCAGUUAAGCUUUCAUGGAUUUUUGGAGGGAGCCUGAAAGCAAAAGAGUCGACGAUCCAUCUUGGUUGCAUCCCCAAAGUAAUUCCAGCAGUUGCUUCAGGUCGAUGAAGUCCGGGAAGGCCGAGAAGUGCAUCUUCUUCCCGGGCCCCAUAAUCGUCGGCGCUGGGCCGUCGGGGUUGGCGGUCGCCGCCUGCCUUAAGAGCAAACGCAUCCAGAGCUUGGUCCUCGAGCGGUCCGACUGCAUCGCAUCGCUCUGGCAGCUCAAGACCUACGACCGCCUCCGCCUCCACCUCCCCAAGAAGUUCUGCCAGCUCCCGUUGAUGCCGUUCCCAUCGUGGUUCCCGACGUACCCGACGAAGCAGCAGUUCAUCGCCUACCUCGAUGCCUACGUGGCGGAGUUCAACAUCCAGGCCGUGUUCAAUGAGACAGUGGUGGCCGCGGAGUACGACGCAGGCAUCGGCUUCUGGAGGCUGCGGAUGGCAUCGGCGAAAGGUGAGGGUAAGGAGGAGAAGCACGAGUACGUGUGCCGGUGGUUGGUGGUGGCCACCGGGGAGAACGCCGAGGCGGUGGUCCCGGAGAUGGCCGGAAUGGAGGAGUUCGAGGGGCCCAUUGUGCACACAAGCUUGUACAGGAGCGGCGACUCGUAUCGAGAUAAGAGAGUGCUCGUCGUCGGCUGCGGUAACUCCGGCAUGGAGGUCUCCUUGGAUCUCUGCGAUCACAAUGCGCACCCUUUUAUGGUCGUAAGAGACUCGGUGCACAUCCUGCCACGGGAGAUGCUCGGCCGCUCCACCUUCGGUCUGUCCAUGUGGCUCAUGAAGUGGCUGUCCAUGAAGACCGUCGACCGCUUCCUGCUGCUCGUCGCGCGCCUCAUGCUCGGCGACACAGCCAAGCUCGGCCUCGAGCGGCCCCAGCUCGGCCCCCUCGAGCUGAAGUCGCUCACCGGAAAGACCCCGGUGCUCAACGUUGGCACCCUGGCAAAGAUCAAGUCCGGAGACAUCAAGGUGCGCCCUGCGGUGGAACGUUUCACUCGGCAUGGAGUAGAAUUCGUCGAUGGAAGGUCGGAGGAAUUCGACGCGGUAAUCUUGGCGACCGGCUACAAGAGCAACGUACCUUGUUGGCUGAAGGAGAGGGAGUUCUUCUCGGAGAAGGAUGGGUUCCCAAGGAGGCCAUUCCCGAACGGGUGGAAAGGGGGCAACGGGCUCUAUGCCGUCGGCUUCACGAAGCGUGGCUUGCUCGGAGCAUCUUUGGAUGCAUGGAGGAUCGCGCAAGACAUCGAGCUACGCUAUAAGGCCACGAAGAAAUAGCUAAUGACCUUCUCCCGCUUCAGAUCGAUUUAGUUAACUGUUGUUUUGAUUGAACAAGAAGAUUGUGAGAGAUCGACUGGUUUUACAAGUAGUACUUGUACAUGUGCAUGCCCAUCUCUUUUUCCAGCAUCUAGAGAGAGAGAGAGAGAGAGAGUGUGUGUGUGUGUGUGUGAUUGUUGUGUCUUCCUUCACUCUUAUUCUAACACAAGAACUUCUAAGAGCGAUUUGGUUCCCUGUUUCAGCUGAUCUUUUGGUGAAUGAGAAGGACAAUAUGAAUAGAUCCUCCUAUGACCUCAAUCACAUGCAUACAGUGAGAGAAAGCAAAGCAGAAGAAACAAAGACAAGAUCAAAGAAUUACUGUUCUUUGAUGCUGGUCUGCGGUGGCUGUUCCAUUCCUACCUAACACGCCAAUCAUAUGCAAUCUGCCAAAGUCAAGAAAACAACAGUUGUAGGCUUCUAGCCAUAGCUAGGGAUGGAGCUGACGCAAAGAGAUAAGGAGAAGUCUACCAUAAAGCUCGAACUAUUCUUACGAUCUUAUCUUAUCGAACUGCGAAAGGGACAGAGCGACCGAAAGAAGAAGGAAAAAGGGAUAGCGUCUUGACAUCUCAGUUACCAUACGGGAUCGAGGAAAGCAUGCAUGGCGUGUCGUCGAUGGCGGUCCCAAGUAGACUACCGAUGCACCUACGAAACACAGUUCAAGAAUCACACGGCUAUCUAUUACACCUUGUAAGUUUCCAGUCAACAAGCAUAUGUUUGCAGACAAUUCUCCACCUUCUUGUUGUGGUGGAGAUCUCGUUAUCGGCGGAUGUCAAGUGCAUCCCCCCCGCUCUUCAAUCUCUUUCCAUCUGCCACUCCCAAUGAAGCAAUGUUGCCAAGGGUAGUUUUACAGAGUCAUUUGU